AUGAACAACCAACGUGCCACCCAUUUCAGGACCUAUUUCCAAAUGGAUGCGGCAGAUGCAUCAGCCUUGGCAGGAGCUAUUGGCCUCAUGAACCUGUUUGCUAGGUCCCUGGGAGGCAUCACCAGUGACAUCCUCUUCAAGUACGUUGGUUUCCGAGGUCGCAUUUGGGCGCAAUUCUUGGCCCUUUUCUUUGAAGCGGUCUUCCUCUUCUGCAUGGUGGACAGCUCGCAGCCAUGGUAUGUUGCUUUGGCCGUGUUGAUUUGUUUCUCCCUCUUUGUCCAGAUGGCAGAAGGUACAACUGUGUAA